AUGUCUCUGUUCCUCAAAGCAAUGCCUUUGAUGGUUCUCCGACCCAUGUCAUCCUUUUUCUUUCUUUCUAGGGUUUCCACUACAAUUCCGAGGCUAAUUUCAACAACCAGAACCGUUUCUUCUGUUUCUGCUUCAAUUCAACCGCUUACUUCCGAUGCUAAACCACUACCACCGUCUUUGCCUUUCAAUGAAUCGCUUCAAUGGGUUUCGAGGACCAAUUUUUGUGGUGAAUUGGCGCUAAGUGAUGUUGGUAAAAAGGUUCGGAUUUGUGGUUGGGUUGCACUUCAUAGAGUCCAUGGUGGACUCACUUUUCUUAAUCUUAGAGACCAUACCGGGAUUGUUCAGGUUACAACCCUUCCAGAUGAUUUUCCAGUCGCACAUUCUGCUAUCAACGACCUCAGACUGGAGUAUGUGGUUGCCAUUGAAGGUGUUGUCAGGUCUCGUCCAAAUGAAUCAAUCAACAAGAAGAUGAAAACGGGCUUAAUCGAGGUUGCUGCAAAUGAGGUUCAAGUGUUAAAUUCUGUGAAUUCAAAGUUACCAUUCUUAGUUACUACAGCAGACGAUGCAAAAGAUUCUCUUAAAGAGGAAAUCCGUUUGAGGUAUCGAUAUCUUGAUCUAAGAAGGCCGCAAAUGAAUUUUAACAUUUUGCUUCGCCAUAAAGUGGUUAAACUCAUACGAAAAUAUCUAGAAGAUAUACAUGGUUUUGUGGAGAUUGAAACUCCAAUACUGUCAAGAUCCACACCAGAAGGUGCCCGGGAUUAUUUAGUUCCAUCAAGAGUCCAGCCAGGAACAUUCUACGCCUUGCCGCAAAGCCCUCAGCUAUUCAAACAAAUGCUAAUGGUAGCUGGUUUUGAUAAAUAUUAUCAAGUAGCAAGAUGUUUUCGUGAUGAAGAUUUAAGAGCUGAUAGACAACCGGAGUUCACACAACUAGAUAUGGAAAUGGCUUUUACUCCUUUAGAGGAUAUGUUGACUCUUAAUGAAGAGUUGAUCAGAAAGGUUUUUCUUGAAAUUAAGGGUGUGGAAUUACCAAAUCCUUUCCCUAGGCUUACUUAUGCUGAAGCAAUGAAUAGAUAUGGUUCGGACCGGCCAGAUACCAGAUUUGAUCUCGAAUUAAAAGAUGUAUCUGACAUUUUCUCAGGGUCUUCUUUCAAGGUUUUCUCUGAUUCCUUGGAUAGUGGAGGAAUUAUAAAAGUGUUGUGUGUACCUAAUGGUGCAAAAAGGUACUCAAAUUCAACUCUUAAGAAAGGUGAUAUUUACAAUGAAGCAUUCAAAUCUGGUGCAAAGGGUUUACCUUUUCUCAAGAUCGCAGAGAAUGGGGAUAUUGAGGGAAUUUCUGCUUUAGUGUCAAACCGUCUUAGAGUUUAUGUGGCGCAUGAAUUAGGUUUAAUCGACCAUGGCAGACAUUCAAUUUUGUGGAUUACUGACUUUCCAAUGUUUGAGUGGAAUGAUUCGGAGCAGAGGCUUGAGGCUCUUCAUCAUCCUUUCACUGCACCAAAUCCUGAAGACAUGAAUGACCUUGCUACUGCUCGUGCGUUGGCAUAUGACAUGGUUUAUAAUGGGGUGGAGAUUGGUGGAGGAAGUUUGAGAAUUUAUAAACGCGACAUACAACAAAAGGUUUUGGAGACUGUGGGCAUCUCAAUGGAACAGGCUGAAGCAAAGUUUGGCUAUCUUCUUGAAGCGCUUGACAUGGGGGCUCCGCCACAUGGAGGUAUAGCUUUUGGUUUGGAUAGAUUGGUUAUGUUGCUGGCCGGAGCUAGUUCUAUCAGAGAUGUCAUUGCUUUCCCGAAAACAACUACUGCACAGUGUGCCCUCACAAGGUCACCUUCUGAAGUGGAUCCGCAACAGCUGAAAGAUCUUUCAAUUACUACGUAG